AAUGUAUUUUGUUUCAUGUAUGUUUAUAGGUAAUGAUAACGUUAUCAAACAAAUACAAAGUAAGGUUUAUAUAUAUUUUAUUAAACAUAAUUUAGCAAUGAACCACUUAUCAUGUUCAUUACCGCAAAAUGAGGUAAAUGGGUUUAGAAUAUCUAUUAAACGAAAGUGGACAGAUUUAUUAACAACCAAAAUACCAUAUCGAAAGCAGUUUAAUAAAUAUUAUAAAAGUUAUUGCAUUGAUUCCUCGUUCACUCUAAAGAGCAAGAAUCAGUCGUGCGUUAUUCUUGAUUUAGAAACUGUUGAAUUACUAGAAAUUAUCUGUUCUCUUAACGAAGCCUUUCCAAACUAUAGUUUAUAUAAUGCCAUAAAUAAAUGUGUGACACCAUUAGGAAAAAAAUUAUUACGUACAUCACUUCUUCAACCAUUACAUGAUGUAACUCUUUUAAAUAAACGAAUUAAAUGUGUCUUAGAACUUGUUUCAAAUCAUUCACUUCUUCUAAGCUUACAGGUUGCUUCUGUUCCAUAUAAUUUUCAACUAAUUACUGGACCAAACUUAAGUGGAAAAACAAUGUACUUAAAACAAAUAAUUUUACUACAUGUUCUAGCCCAGAUAGGAUGUUUUCAAAAAGCUACUUUUCGAAUUUGCGAUCGUUUUUUAUUUCAUUCUUCAAAUUAUUAUAAUAUACAAAAUAAUAUCUCAAUGUAUGAAUUUCAGAUUAAAAGACUAGGUUAUAUUAUAAAUUUUCUAACAGAUUAUUCAUUAGUGGUUCUUGAUGAACCGUGUAUGAGAACUACUACAGAAGAUGGAACUUGUUUAGCAAUAUCAAUUUGUAUUAAAAUAUUAAAUACAAAGGCAUUUUGUUUUUGUACAACUCACCAGAAUUAUUUAACGCGGAUGGCAGAAUCAUUUUUGAAUGUUACUAAUUUAUAUUUUGAUUGUGCACCAAGAAUUACUGAACAUCCAACAUUAAUAUAUACUUAUAAGCUCAAAAUAGGAGUUACUUCAAUUAAUAAUUACGGAUUAUCUGUAGCUGAAUUGUCUAAUUUUCCACAACAGGUUUUAAAAACAGCAAGAGAAAUCGCUCAAAAAUUAUGUAGCUCAGAGAAAGAUAAUUAUACAUUUCGAAGAGAUAAAAAACUACAACAAUUGGAAAAAUGUUAUUCUUUUAUUAAAAUACACGACUGGAACAAAAAUCAGUAUUUUUUAAAGAGAUAA